CUUUUUUUUUCUUUUUUUUUUUUUUUUCUCUAUUUACUCUAAAAGGAAGGAGAAAUGACACCACUAAAAGAUUACUAGUGUGUUGUGUAUUAUCAAUUUUGAGUAUAUAUCUAUAGAUGAGGCUUUAUAUGGAGAGACAGAAACAUUAAGAAGAGAGAAAAAGGAUAGGUUAUAUGCAUUUUUACAUGUAUUUAUAUGAGAGCAAGAAAUAUAUAUCCUUGAGUUUAUAAAAAUCCAAUUUGAGAGAUGGGUUGGAAAUACAAGGGAGGUUUGAUUUUUAUCUUCACUGUUGUGAUUCUUUGGGUUAGUUCUGCAGAGGUUACUCAGGGUGUUUACAGAAACUAUAAUCACCCAUUUGCAGUGACAUAUCUGGGGACUUCUCUUUUAGUUGUUUAUCUUCCUAUUGCGUUCAUUAAAGACUGGCUGCUACAAAUUAUAAGAAAUCGCUCUGGUGCAAGAAGUAGUAGCAAGAAUGCAAGAAUUACUACUGAUGAUAAGUCAAUAGCAGAAAUUGAUCGUCCUGUCAAACAAAAUCGGGCUUCUGCUAAUUUUGACAUUGAAUUUAAUGGAUCUUUGGUUAAUAGAGACUCUGCUAUUGAUGUUUCUCUAAAGGAGGAUGGAAAUCAAGUAGUUUCCCAAUGCAACAACAAUGUUGAGAGCUUGAAAGCUAAUAGUAAGCUUACUGCAAGAGAAACUUCUGUUGUUGGAUUCUGCAUUGCUCCUUUGUGGUUUCUAACAGAGUAUCUAACAAAUGCUGCACUAGCAAGAACAAGUGUUGCAAGCACAACACUAUUGUCAUCAACUUCAGGCCUUUUCACUCUCUUGAUUGGAGCAUUUCUUGGUGAAGAGUCCAUUACUUUAGUCAAAGUAAUUUCUGUACUUGUUAGUAUGGCUGGUGUUGCUAUGACAAUAUUAGGCAAAACAUGGGCUGCAAAUGGAUCACAAUCAAUCACCUCUAAAGAUCAUAAGCAUUCUCUUGUUGGAGAUCUUUAUGCUGCUCUAUCAGCUUUGACUUAUGGACUAUUUACAGUGUUGCUAAAAAAGUUUGCUGGUGAAGGAGAAAGGGUAGAUUUGCAGAAAUUGUUUGGUUAUAUAGGAUUAUUCACAUUUGCUGCACUCUGGUGGCUUGUUUGGCCUCUUACAGCCAUGGGUAUAGAACCAAAAUUCAAACUUCCACAUUCAGCUAAGAUGGAAGAAAUUAUCCUUCUUAACAGUUUUGUUGGGAGUUUCCUAUGUGAUUAUUUCUGGGGAUUAGGUGUUGUUUGGACCAGCCCAUUGGUGGCUGCACUUGGCGUUUCUCUUACCAUACCACUAGCUAUGUUAGAGGACAUGGUGCUCCAUGGUCAACAAUAUUCAGGAAUUUAUAUUAUCGGCUCAGCUCAGGUGUUCCUGGGAUUUGUAGUAGCUAACCUGGCAGAUUGGAUUUCCCAAAAGGCUAAAAUUUUAAUAAAUAGUAUCACCACCAUAAAAAUCAUAUCUCCAUCUCCUUGCUGAUUUACCCUUCCUAAUGUCCUCAUUUGUUACUUCAGCUUUCACUAUUUGUUGUUAGCUUGUAGCUAUAUUUUGACGGACAGAGUUCAAGUAAAGAAAUUAGUAUUGUUUGUUGGAUAUAGUAUAAAGUAUAUUGGCAUGUUUUUUGUCAAUGGAACCUCAUAUACUGCUGCAACAAGAUUUUCAUCAUUUUGGCAUCAAUCAAUAUUUCAUAUAGAGAUGUAUCAAA